AUGGGCUGCAAAGGUACAAAAUUUACGAAUGAAGACAUUAUCUAAACUCUUGAAAAUCGUAGAAGGAGUGUAGAAACAAAGAUAGAUGACUAUACCAAAAAAAUAUCACUAGAAUCUAGUAAGUUGAAGGAACUUCAAGCAGAGUAUACUCAUUAUGCAUCAUAGAAUAAUACUACCAAAAAAAUUGAGAUCACUUCAAAAGUGGCAUCAAUAUAAAAAGUCAAUGAAAGAUAAAAUACUUAAUUAAAAUUGUUACAUUCUCAACUUGGAUAAUUGAAGUCAUAAAUUGACUAAUUGAGAGCAAAGAAAAUCGGGGAUGACUUAUAUUUAUCAUAAUAAGAAGCUGGAAAGUAUCUUGAUCCUAAAUAAUUCGCAAACCUAUUGAAUGGUAUGAAUAAAGAAGGAGAAAAACUUGAUCAGAUUGACUAUAUGACAAAAGAAUAGCUUAAAAAUGAAUCUGAUUCAACCUUGAUUUAGGCAAGACUAGAAAGAGAACAUUUGAUUCACACAAUGGGCUAAAAUGAAACAAAGGAGUAAAACCCUUAUCUCAAUGUUGAUAGACUUCAAGGGAACUAAGAUCUCAUCAAUGAUUAGAUCAUUCAGAAUGAAAUAAAAAUCCAAAAAAUGAAGAACAGAUUGAGUCAUUAUGUUGGAGAUCUUGCGAAACUACAAGAUGACUUUAAUCUAGCAGGCUCUAUCAACAAUAAACCCCUUCAGGAUUAAAUCAUUAAUUAAACUCAAAUUCUGCUGUAGGAAUAAGCAAAAAUAUAAACAUAGUUGAAUCAAGCCAUGAUUGCUUAAGGUCAUUUGAGAUCUCACUCGUUAGGAAUACAAAAUAAUACUAUUGUUCAGGAGACCAUGGAAGUAAUGAAAUAGACUGAGACCUACUAAAGUUAAUAGGAUAUGAGAGCUUAGGAAAAUUUCCUUCGUACUUAAGAUAUCUUGUCCAAGCAACAAUUAAAGAGCAAUUAACUCUAUCUCAAUCAGAUGUAAGACUCGAAAGAUGCUUCGAAGCUUUUGCAAAAUAACCAGUUUGGAAUUAACUAAAAUCUCUCAAAACCCUAAGAUAGUAAUCAAAAUCAGCAACCACAGUAAUAAAUCCAGAGAAAUGGAUAAUAAUAGAAUAGCAAAUCUAACCCUUAAGAUCAAAGAUCCUAAUCAAACUAAUUCAAUUAAAUCAAUCAGUAGUAGUAGUAUCAGAAUCAAAAUCCUAUGCAAUAAUAACAGUAACAAUUAUAAUACUCCUAUCCACCUCAGAUGUAACCUUAAAUGAUGCAGAUGCCGAUGAAUUACAAUCAAAUGGUUCAUCCUCAGGCAUUUAUGAUUCCACCGCAAAAUAUUGGAGUUAAUGUGAAUUUCAAUUAGCAGCCUGUCUCAUAAGGAAUCAAAUAGUGA